GCAGGAGGAGCUGAUAAGAAGUGAGGUCAGCAAGUGGCCCAGCAACACCGGGUCUCGCCGCGGCCACACAACAUGACGCUCUUCACCUGCAGGCUCGCUACCAUGCUCAGAACAGUAGCAGUGUGUGGCUGUAAAAGGAGCUAUACUGCAAUCCCUCCCUCCCACUUGGAAUCGGUGAGUUUUAACCCAAAAAAAGUGCUCAUUCUAACCAAACUUUCAAGAUAUGAGUUUGAGAAGCGUCGUCACCCAGAACUGACCGAGAGGCAACUAGAGAAGUGUCUCCAAGCACGAGGAUCAGACUAUAAUAUAAUGCUGUAUCAUCAUUACAUUCAUAAGGGCGUCGAAAACACGGUCAACAGUGUCUUCACUGCCGCUGGCAUUGAGACAAAAACUGUGUAUCGGUUUGACUACUCGGAGCCAAAUAUUGAGUGGGCUGACGCCAUUGUGACUACAGGCGGUGAUGGCACAUACCUGCUUGCAGCCUCUAAAAUUUUAGACAGAAAGAAACCUCUAAUAGGUUUCAACUCUGAUCCAACAAGAUCAAGAGGGCAGUUGUGUCUUCCAAGAAAAUUCUCUGUUGAUGUCAAAGAGGCUGUUGAUAAACUUUUGAAGGGAAAGUUUCGAUGGACAUUCAGGAGCAGAAUUCGUGUCACCUUGAUUGGUGAGGACAUUUAUAAACCACCUGUGGAGCUUAAUAAACAGCAGUUACGUUACCAUGAAUACAGGUACCUGGAUAUGGAGCCUCACCUACGGACAAUACGAGAUGAUGUUCCUCGGUGCAGUGAGACUGGUAUGGCAAGGAGAGUACUUCCAGUCUUGGCUCUUAAUGAGGUUUUCAUAGGGGAGUGUGUGUCUGCCAGAGUGUCAUAUAUGGAGUUGAGUUUUGACGCUGUCCAGGGGAUCAAGCAGAAGUGUUCAGGACUAAUUGCCAGCACAGGAACUGGAUCAACUUCUUGGACAUAUAAUGUAAAUAAACUAACAGAGCAAAACAUGGAAGAGAUCUUGACCAUUGUUAAAGAAGAAACUGGCUUUAAAAUUCAAGACCAUGAUGAAACCUUUGUAAGCAAGAUAACCGAUAAAUUCAAUGAGUUGCUUAUUAUUGACCCAGAGGUGGCCAGGAUGGUAUAUACUAUUCGUGACCAACUGGUUUCAUCACCCAAGUACCGCAAGUGCAUCAAGCCUCGAGGAUUUGCUAAAUCUAUAGAUGUAAAAUCAAGGUGCUUUGAUGCUUCCCUGGUCAUAGAUGGAGGUCUGUCCUUUACGUUCAAUGAUGGAACAAGAGCACUGCUUGAAAUCCAUGAUGAGGAUGCUCUUCGUACUGUCACCUUACAUGAUGACUAUACAGAACUAUCUUUUAAACAUUAGUGAGGUGCUUUUCUCCUUGAAACAAUAAACAUCAAGUGAAAGCAUCACAUACAAGAAAGUGUAGCUGUACACAACAAGAGUCGGUGAGUGACACCAUCUUCAGAGUCUUCAACUCCACACACUACCAGUGCAUAGCAGGAACAUCACAUGACAUUGGUGAUGCACUAAAAGGAAUAUCAGGAGACAUAAGUGAACAUCACCUGCAAGACACUACAGAUAUUAUAAUGAGCAAAGUUCUCUAGUGUUGUAAUUUAUCAUUACUGUAUAUUGUAUAUCAAAUAAGCUUAGUACUGUAUAUUAAUAUACUAAUAAUAUAUUCAUAUUUAAUUUUAUACAAAUAAUGCAUCUUCAUUGUCUCUAUUUUGGGUUCUGUAAUUUUUUCUCCAUUGUUUGACAAGCAAUUUCUGUGGAACUUGCCUACAUUUGAGGAUGUAGUUCCACCAAUAAUCAUGUGAAGUUGGAAGGAAAUUCAACAAUAUCUACCUCAUUCACUGGUGGUUCAAAAGUACGAUUGUAUGGCUUUAAAAAUUCCUAGUGUUGUUACUUGUAAACCAAUUUUCACAAAUUUUACAUAUAGUAUGACAUAUAUAAAACUACAAUUUGGAAAUGGCAAAUUUUAAUAUUUGAAUUAAAUUUACAAAAGUGCAGUUGUCAAGCAAAAUGAUAGGGUUUCAUUCAAUAAAUAUAAUUUUCAGCAAAUAAAUAUUUUUAUGUCAUAUCCUUUUUCAGAUUGUUACCUUAGACUUUAUUCUACUAGUUAGAUUAUUUUUAAAAUCGGUUAUUCUUUUGAAGUGUUACCAUUGUUUUGUAUUUUUUUUCCAUAUCCAUUUAGGUUACAAUGCUGAAACCUGAGCCGGAGGUUCAUCCUAUAAAUUAGAUUUUGUAAAUAAAGUUUCAUAAACAAAA